AUGAAUCCCUAACUGCUACGUUCACUUCACAGCAGUUCCAGUCCAGUCCGACGCUCCACAUACUGUCGUGUUGGAGCAGCACUGCAUGUUGGAUGGGUUGAUUGGUAACUUUACAAUUAGAAGCGUAUAGUAAAGUAGAUGUCAAGAAGAAAACGUAACUUGAUAUCUGAGGCCACAAUUUUACGGGUCGAAACGGUGUAAGAAAAUAUGGCGCCCAAAGGUAAGGUUGGCACCAAAGGCAAGAAACAGAUAUAUGAGGAGAACACGGCAACGCUAAAGUUCUACACCCGAGUCAUCCUGGGAGCAAACGCCAUAUUCACUGCUGUGAACCUCCUCUUCUACAGUUCGUCCACAGUCUGGACAUGGCUGUUGCUGCUGUUUGCUCUGGCGGUGUAUGUGGGCAGCUACCGCUCCAUGUCUGCGAUGGCUAAGCCUGUGUUUGCGGAGGAUGGAAGCCUGCUUGACGGGGGAAUUGACCUGAACAUGGAGCAAGGCAUGUCAGAGCACUUGAAAGAUGUAAUCUUGCUCACUGCAAUUGUUCAGGUCCUCGGCACAAUAUCGUCUUAUUUCUGGUACCUGUGGCUGCUGAUGUUUAUCUGGGCACUGUCAGGCUCCAGCACGGGCACUGUACCUGCUCUGGCUCAACUUCUUGGGCCCCUGGUUUACAGCUGAGGCCCCUUCGGCCCCGGAGGAGGUGAACGAGAAGAAACAGAGACGACAGGAGCGCCGGCAGAUGAAAAGAUUCUGACCCACGUUUGAGCUACACUUGUGCAUACGGAAUGUUCUUCCCCACUGGGUGGACCGAGAGCUACAGAAGCACGCAGCUUGAAAACGGAAGUUGUGCUUUCUCAGAAUCUGUCCGGUUAUAUACUCUGAUUUAAAAAAACAAAAAAAACAAAAAAAAACAAAGGAUAUUUUUGGAAAGGCAAGAAACAAGGAGGCGCACAUUCAGAAGUAUCCAUUUCGCGAAGCGGUCAGCCAGCCUUGAGUGCUGUGUUUCACACAGCACUACAUGUAUAGGUUUUUUUUAUUUUAUUAUUAUUAUUUUUUUUUCCCCCAACUAUUUGUUUUCAUAAGUUUGAGCACUCACUCAAUUUCACUCAGUUUUCCCCGCUAACCUGGUAAAUUGCUUUGAGGAAGUAUUCUUCUUGUUUUUAAUGUUUAUUUCAAAUAUGUCAAGACAUAUUACACAGAUUUAUGAGAACAUGUAAUUAUUGCCUUGAUUGAUGGACCUGUUCAUCCAAGUAUUGAAGAUAAAAUUUACUCCGAGUUAUGUUAGGUUGCAUGAUGUGACACUUUCUGAGUGGCACAUUAUAGUUUGUGUCCCUUUUUUCUUAAAAAAGGCCAGCAAGCUUCAUACAUGCUGUCAUUCAGAAAGCACGACCCACAUUUAAAAUGAAUACAUCCGCAGGGUAAUUGAGCAAAAUGUAUUAGGCAAUGUAACCACAAUGUGCCACAAUGCACAUUUCACCAAUAAACCUGCUCCUUCUGUA